AUGGCUGUGGACUGGUGGACGCUGCUGGUGUCCCUGGCUGUGGGCGCCGCCGUCGCGGUCGCUCUUUGGUGGCGCCGCUGCUCCACGCACUUUGCCCGCCGCGGCCUGCCCUCCAUCCCUCCGCUGCCCCUAGUGGGCAACAUGCUGGACCUGGUGCUCAGGAGGAAGUCCAUGGCCGACACUCUCACCGAACUCUAUCGCAAGUUCGAGCCGCAUCCGUACGCUGGUGUCUACUUCACGAUCCCAUUUGUGAUGGUGAGAGAUCCCGAUAUCAUCCGUGCCAUCACUGUCAAGGACUUUGACCACUUUACCGACCACAUGGAGUUCUUCAACGCUGACAAGUCGAACACACUGGCACAAAGGAUGCUUAUCGGUUUGAAAGGAAAGGAGUGGCACGGUAUGCGGACCACACUCAGCCCGGCUUUCACUACAAUGAAGAUGAAGAACAUGUUCACCUUGAUGACAGAGAUCGCUCACCAGGCAGCAGACUAUCUGGCUGUGAAAGCUGCUGAUUACGAGGCUUCUUCUGGCGACAAGGAUUUGCUGACUUUGGAGAUGAAGGACUUUUUCACCCGUGUUACCAAUGACGUCAUUGCGACUACGGCAUUCGGUGUGAAGGUGGACUCGCUGUCAGAACCGGACAACACCUUCUACCGCAUGGGCCGUGACGUCACCAACAUCGGAGCGCUCGUCGCCGGCGGCUUCAUGACAUCCCCUAAGCUCAUGCAGCUGCUGGGCAUAUCAUUCUUCGACCGGAAGGCGAUGGAGUUCUUCAAAUCCAUGGUGUACGAGACCAUUCGUACGCGAGAGAAGCACGGAAUUGUUCGGCCCGAUGUGAUCCAUCUACUGAUGCAGGCAAGCCGUGGAGAGCUGGCUUCCGAGGAAUGCAGGAAAGACGGGACCACCGGCUCCAGAGAGAGAUGUCUCAGCGAUGAGGACGUGGCGGCACAGGCGAUACUCUUCUUCUUCGCCGGAUUCGAGUCAGUGGCCACUCUGCUGACGUUCUGCAGCUACCUGCUGGCCACGCACGAGGACGUGCAGAAGCGGCUGCAGAAGGAGGUGGACGAGGUCAUGCAGAAGAGCGGAGGGCAGCCAAGCUACGAGCAGGUCAUGGGCUGCCAGUACCUCGACAUGGUCAUCUCUGAAACACUGCGGAUAUACGUGCCCGGCACAGCCUUGGACCGCGUGUGCGUGCGCUCCUACCAGCUGCCAGCCGCAGACGGCGGUCCUGGUGUCUGGCUGCACCCUGGUGACGUCAUCUGGGUGCCAGUGCACGCCAUCCACCGCGACCCCAAGUACUUUCCGGAGCCUGAGCGUUUCGACCCGGAGAGGUUCAGUCCAGAGAACAAGCACCUCAUCAAGCCAUUCACUUACUUUCCGUUCGGGUCUGGACCUCGCAUCUGUAUUGGCCAGAGGUUCGCGCUGAUGGAAGCGAAGGUGGUGCUGGUGCACCUGCUGUCAAGGUUCAGCCUCCAGGUGGUCGAGAAGACGCCGGUUCCGCUCGAGAUCCAGCCCAGCAGCAUCACUCUCUCUAUCCAGGGCGGCGCCUGGCUCGGCGUACGGCGCAGGUCGGCUCUGUAGGAGACAGAGCAGUCGUAGGCGCCGCUGUUGAGUCUGUCACUUGCCAAAUCUAUCACGUCGAAAGAUAAUGUAAUCCGUUUGCAUCUGCAGCAAGCUGUACAACGCACCAAACCCGCUCGGGAACGAUAUACAUGAUAACCAACCAUUAGGCAGCAAGGCUGCACAGUCACUGCAAAGACAUCUAAGUCUUCCACACACGUAACCCAUAACAGAUUUUACGUUUUCGUUUCUUAGAACUACUCCCAAAUAUUUAAACAAUGUAUAAUCUACAAUAUGUUCGCCACUAAUCUUGUAGUCAAAUACUGUCGGAUUCUUUCUCUCUGCUACAGGCAUUAUGUUGCAUUAUUAAGACACAUUUUAGGGAGUUACCAUUCAUUAUUCCUAGCGUUCAGUAUUGACAGACUCUACCCAAAUACAUCGUCCAUCACACUAAAACGGUCCUAACUUCUCCUUGGUACUGCUUUUCGGUUAAGACAGUCUAUGAAAAGUUGCACGCACUCUCGCUCGGCUGUGUGUUCUAUAACGAUAUCCACAAUGUCCUACAAGCAAAUACUCAGCUAACACCUUCCCUCACCUCGUCAAUUAACUUGUAAGAUUUCAAACAGCCUUCUUGUACGUAACACGUAAAGUUUCUCUAAUAAGACGUUCACCAAAACACCUCGUGAAAUGUUGUGCUUAAAACGUCACACACCUGUUCAUGUAAUCCAACUCUUAAGCAGACUGCUUCUGUCCUGAACUAGCCUAAUAUUUCUAAUCAUCUGUUAGGUCUAGGUCUGUCUCUAAGAAUGACUGGCUGAGAUACCAGAUAUGGAACACAUACACAUUUCAGUCACACACAAUAUAAAUACAUGUUAGUGUAUAAAAUACUAUAUAGCAAGAGCUACUGAAACAAUAAACAACUCUGAAAAUGUAUGUAGGCAGUACCAGUUUGUUUUACGGAAAUGUCCUUUCAUCAAAGUAAAUAAUUUGGUGGGUAUGGACUUAUUAAUGCUGGCAAUUUAGAUCUUUUAGAUUUCAGAAUAUCUUUGGUGAGAAAUUUUAAUUACUGAUACAAUAACAAACAAACAAAUAAAUGAUCCCAGAUUGCAAUAAAGCUAAUGUCAGCAUUAGAGAAUAGUCGUACUUAACUGAUUGUAAACGCUUAGGCAUAAAAAUUGCCCUAACACACUUCUUUCUGAGCCAACUAGGUAAAAUUCUGGCAUUUGAAAUAGCCUUUUACUACAGAGAAGUUUAUACUGAGGUGUUAUUCGACAAGAACUGUUGAACGCUAAACUGGAAACGGACUUGAAUUUACUAAUGCACUUCAGUAAUGUUAAUCGAUGGGAAUCGUACUGACGGCUCGCAGUAAUGCAAUGUCGGUUGACAAUCGGCAAUACGAUUACAGAGAUGUGCGUACACCUGCUUCCUACCUGAGACGACUUCUGUAGGAUCUGUGAGGUCGACGCUACGUUGCCUCGUUGUUCGGUGUCCCACCGAAAUACUCCAUACAAAACUUUUGUGUUUCAGGACGGGACAGGCCAAUCGAGUAAAUUUGAUACUAAGAACACAGUAGUGGACGGCUGGCCCUUACGUGCAGCCUGAACGUUUAUUUUUCAGAAGGCCAGAAUUAAAUUGUUUAGGAUCUCGUCGCUGACAUAAAUUUGAGAAACAGUUGUGAGCAUGAAGAACCUGAUAAUACACAGUUCACCGCCUGAAAUGACGCCAUUCCAUCUCACUCGUACUGCUAAGCUUUGCUCGUAAUCGUAAAAUACUAUCACUCACUGCCGCUCCUCAACUGUCUCUUUGCAGCACUCUCCACAGAUAUUAAUCUCCCAAGCGGGCCGAAGCUUCUCGAAUUACAACGAAAUUAACUAUUAUAUGGGAACAAAAUUACAUUAUAAAUAGCAAUAUUAGUUCUAAAUAAUACUUUACGUUGCAUCUGUGUAUAUAAAAUCAUUAUAAUGCAAUACAAGCAACGUUGAAACACAAAACUACGGAAAAAUAUUACAUACAGACUUCAUUAAUGUUCCAGAACGACAAAGAUCAGCAUCAUUAGCUGCAACAUCUAACGACGUAAGCCAAGUAAGUCCUUUACAACUCUCUCAACGUGUUACCUCUAACAUUUUUUAAAUAAAAUGGUAGUGGUAAACAAGAUCAAGUCAGAUACAUAACAAAACGAAAUUAAAAGCGCUAUUCAUAAUGGUUUAGGACUGCCUUUCUUGCUGCAAUAUCUUCACAUACAGAAUGAGAAAGGAGAUAAAGUUUAGUUAGACGUAGUUUUUACAGGCCAACUGCUUUUGCGCGUAUGCUAAUAACUAUUGCUAAGAAUUUGUAUUUUCCUUUCUAUAACAUAUGCUCUGCUGUUUAGCAAUAAAGUAUAUUUUGUUGGUAAUUAACAA